UGAUGGAGAACUUCCUGGUCAUCCACCAACUCAGGUGUAACGGUGUACUGGAGGGUAUCAGAAUCUGCAGGAAAGGUUUCCCCAGCAGAAUCCUCUAUGCUGACUUCAAGCAGAGAUACAAGGUACUGAAUGCCAGUGUCAUCCCUGAGGGCCAGUUCAUUGAUAACAAGAAGGCUUCAGAGAAGCUGCUUGGAUCAAUUGAUGUUCCUCAUGACGAGUAUAAAUUUGGAUACACCAAGGUGUUCUUCAAGGCUGGUCUCCUGGGUCUCCUUGAGGAGAUGAGAGAUGAAAAGCUGGCAUCUCUGGUCACCAUGACUCAGGCUCUCUGCCGUGGUUACGUCAUGAGAAAGGAGUUUGUGAAGAUGACAGAGAGGAGGGAAGCCAUCUAUUCCAUCCAGUACAACAUCCGCUCAUUCAUGAAUGUCAAACACUGGCCAUGGAUGAAAGUGUACUACAAGAUCAAGCCUCUGCUCAAGAGCGCUGAAACUGAGAAGGAGCUGCAGCAGAUGAAGGAGAACUAUGACAAGAUGAAGACAGAUCUGGCCACUGCCCUAGCCAAGAAAAAGGAGCUGGAGGAGAAGUUUGUGUCCCUUCUGCAGGAGAAGAAUGAUCUGCAGCUGCAAGUCGCAUCUGAAUCAGAGAAUCUGUCAGAUGCCGAGGAGAGAUGUGAGGGUCUUAUCAAGAGCAAAAUUCAGAUGGAGGCCAAAUGCAAAGAGAUCACUGAGAGGCUGGAGGAUGAAGAGGAAAUCAAUGCUGAGCUCGCUGCCAAGAAGAGAAAACUGGAGGAUGAAUGUUCUGAGCUCAAGAAGGAUAUUGAUGAUCUGGAGCUUACCUUGGCCAAAGUGGAGAAGGAGAAACACGCCACUGAGAACAAGGUGAAGAACCUGACUGAGGAAAUGGCCUCUCAGGAUGAGAGCAUUGCCAAGCUGACCAAGGAAAAGAAAGCCCUUCAGGAAUCUCACCAACAGACUCUUGAUGAUCUGCAGGCUGAGGAAGACAAGGUCAACACUCUGACCAAGGCCAAGACCAAGCUUGAGCAACAAGUGGAUGAUCUUGAGGGUUCUCUGGAGCAAGAGAAGAAGCUGCGUAUGGACCUUGAGAGAUCCAAGAGGAAGCUUGAGGGUGAUCUGAAACUGGCCCAGGAAUCCAUAAUGGAUCUUGAGAAUGACAAGCAGCAGUCUGAUGAGAAAAUUAAAAAGAAGGACUUUGAAGUCAGCCAGCUCCUUUGCAAGAUUGAGGAUGAGCAGUCAAUGGGUGCUCAGCUUCAGAAGAAAAUCAAGGAGCUUCAGGCUCGUAUUGAGGAACUGGAGGAGGAGAUUGAGGCUGAGCGUGCAGCUCGUGCCAAGGUUGAGAAGCAGAGAGCUGACCUCUCCAGGGAACUUGAGGAGAUCAGUGAGAGGCUGGAGGAGGCCGGUGGAGCCACUGCUGCCCAGAUUGAGAUGAACAAGAAACGUGAAGCAGAGUUCCAGAAGCUCCGUCGUGAUCUUGAGGAGUCCACUCUGCAGCAUGAAGCCACUGCUGCUGCUCUUUGCAAGAAGCAGGCUGACAGCGUUGCUGAGCUGGGAGAGCAGAUUGACAACCUCCAGCGUGUCAAGCAGAAGCUUGAGAAGGAAAAGAGUGAAUACAAGAUGGAGAUUGAUGACCUCUCCAGCAACAUGGAGGCUGCUGCUAAAGCAAAGGGAAAUCUUGAAAAGAUGUGCCGUACUCUUGAGGAACAAUACAGUGAACUGAAGACCAAGAAUGAUGAAAAUGUCCGUCAAAACAAUGACAUAAGUGCGCAGAAAGCACGUCUCCUGACAGAAAAUGGUGAGUUCAGUCGUCAAAUUGAAGAGAAAGAAGCUCUCGUCUCCCAGCUGACCAGAGGCAAACAGGCCUUCACUCAGCAGAUUGAAGAGCUGAAGAGACAGAUUGAAGAGGAGGUUAAGGCCAAGAAUCCGCAUGGAAUGCAAUCAGCCCGCCAUGACUGUGAUCUGCUGAGGGAGCAGUUUGAGGAGGAGCAGGAGGCAAAGGCUGAGCUGCAGCGUGGAAUGUCCAAGGCCAAUAGUGAAGUGGCUCAGUGGAGAACCAAGUAUGAAACUGAUGCCAUCCAGCGCACUGAGGAGCUUGAGGAAUCCAAGAAAAAGCUUGCCCAGCGCCUCCAGGAGGCUGAGGAGCAGAUUGAGGCUGUCAAUUCCAAGUGUGCUUCUCUGGAGAAGACCAAACAGAGGCUCCAGAGUGAGGUGGAGGACCUCAUGAUUGAUGUGGAGAGAGCUAAUGGCCUGGCUGCCAACUUGGACAAGAAGCAGAGAAACUUUGACAAGGUGUUGGCAGAGUGGAAACAGAAGUAUGAGGAGGGUCAGGCAGAGCUUGAGGGAGCUCAGAAGGAGGCUCGUUCUCUCAGCACUGAGCUGUUCAAGAUGAAGAACUCAUAUGAGGAAGCUCUGGAUCAGCUGGAGACCAUGAAGCGUGAAAACAAGAACCUGCAACAGGAGAUCUCAGAUCUCACUGAACAGAUUGGUGAGACUGGCAAGAGCAUCCAUGAGCUGGAGAAGUCCAAGAAGCAGGUGGAGACUGAGAAGUCUGAGAUCCAGACAGCUCUUGAAGAGGCUGAGGGAACUUUGGAACAUGAAGAGUCCAAAAUCCUGCGUGUCCAGCUUGAGCUCAACCAGAUUAAGGGUGAGGUAGACAGGAAGCUGGCUGAGAAGGACGAGGAGAUGGAGCAGAUCAAGAGGAAUAGCCAGAGGGUGAUUGACUCCAUGCAGAGCAAUCUGGACUCUGAGGUCAGGAGCAGGAAUGAUGCCCUGAGAAUCAAGAAGAAGAUGGAGGGAGACCUGAAUGAGAUGGAGAUUCAGCGGAUCCACGCCAAUCGCCGGGCUGCUGUGUCCCAGAAGCAUCUGAGGAAUGUGCAAAGAUUGUCAGAUGCACAACUGCACCUUGACGACGCUGUCAGAGCUCAGGAAGACCUCAAGGAACAGGCUGCUAUGGUAGAUCGCAGGAACGGUCUCAUGGUUGCUGAAAUUGAGGAACUAAGAGCUGCUCUGGAACAGACUGAGAGAAGUCACAAAACUGCUGAGCAGGAGCUGGUGGACGCAAGUGAGCGUGUUGGACUUCUGCACUCUCAGAAUAUAAGCCUUAUGAACACCAAGAAGAAGCUUGAGUCUGAGCUGGUCCAGGUCCAGAGUGAAGUCGAUGACACAGUUCAGGAAGCAAGGAAUGCAGAGGAGAAGGCCAAGAAGGCCAUCACAGAUGCUGCUAUGAUGGUUGAGGAGCUGAAGAAGGAGCAGGAUACCAGUGCUCACCUGGAGAGGAUGAAGAAGAACCUUGAGGUUGCUGUCAAGGUUCUGCAGCACCGCCUGGACGAGGCUGAGAAUCUGGCCAUGAAGGGUGGCAAGAAGCAGCUCCAGAAACUUGAGUCUAGGGUUCGUGAGCUGGAGGCAGAGGUUGAGGUUGAGCAGAGACGUGGAGCUGAUGCUGUUAAGGGCGUUCGCAAAUAUGAGAGGAGGGUGAAGGAACUGACCUACCAGACUGAAGAGGACAAGAAAAAUGUUAACAGGCUGCAGGAUCUGGUUGACAAGUUGCACCUCAAGGUGAAGGCCUACAAGAGGCAGUCUGAGGAAGCGGAGGAGCAGGCCAAUGUUCAUCUGUCCAAGUGCAGGAAGAUCCAGCAUGAGCUGGAGGAAGCUGAGGAGCGUGCUGACAUUGCAGAGACCCAGGUUAACAAGCUGAGAGCUAAGAGCCGUGACUCUGGCAAGGCAAAAGAGGCUGAGUAAAGCGCUCCAGCGGAUGGGCUGUUUCUAAUCAUAUAAUAUGAUGUGAAAUGUACCAUAAUAAAAUAUUCUCUGAUCUUU